AUGUCUUACCAACAGCAGCAGUGCAAGCAGCCUUGCCAGCCUCCUCCUGUGUGCCCACCUCCAAAGUGCCCUGAGCCAUGUCCUCCUCCAAAGUGCCCAGAGCCUUGUCCUCCUCCAAAGUGUCCAGAACCUUGUCCCCCUUCCUCAUACCAGCAGAAAUGCCCUCCUGUGCAACCUCCUCCAUCCUGCCAGCAGAAGUGUCCACCGAAGAGCAAGUGA